AUGCUCGCCGUACAACAGGCUCCGAGGAUGGGUUCGUCGCAGCCGCCAUCCGAUCCCUUCUUGGCCUUUGGCUUGUCGGUUGAUCCAAAUCAAGAACCUCCCCUCCUUGACCCCCCGGAGCCCGCUCCUGGCGCUCCCCUCCUGUCCGACAAUGACAACAAACUCUUGUCGUCCUUUUUCGAGGACAUGACCGCCGACCAAUAUAACAUGCCCUCCUUCGGCGAGGGCCUCAACUUCACCGACACCUGGCUUGACUUGCCGCCCCAGUUCAUGGGUUCUACUACCUCGUUUGGCCAGCAGCCCGGUCCUUCGCUGGCCUCACCUCCUAGCCAUGCCCUGACCAACGGCUUGGGUGAUUUCCACGGCCUGAUGCCCAUGGGCUCCAGCAUGAUGCCACCGCCGCCACCGCCGCCUCUAAGUCUACCACAUUUGGAACAUAGCCACACUCCCGACGACGUCCUCAACGCCGCAGCUACUCUCCUCCAGAACGGAUCCGCUCAGCGACACACGGCUAAUGGUAUCGACCCCACGUAUUCUCGAAGAACGAUCGGCCCUCCCGUCGGCCAUCUUCGACACCAGCCUCUAGAAGAGUUCCGAGAAGAUAACCGGCGAAGUCUUGGAGGCAACGAGGUUGAAAACACAUUUACGGAAUGGGUGUUUGGGUCACAAGAGAGGACGCAGGCCCAGGUGCCGCCCCCGCCUGAGUAUCAAUGGGGCUCCGAUUCCAACUUCAACCACAUCCAAGGCUACACUACACACUCGGACAAGGAAACCUCCGAGUCGAUUGCGAAGGAACAGCUCAAAUACCUCGAAUGCUUCGAACCUAGCGCGAGCGCGGAUAACACGAGACCCAGCAGUCCCAAUCAUGGGCAAACGACAUCUCAAAGUCGUAACCGUCCAGCGAACGUAGUCAAGUUGCAACAAGAAGCCGAUGCCCCGCCACGAAAGAGACGGAAGAGCAGGACCGGGAAGGAAAUCCCCGAUGAUGAGGUCGAAGAAGACACAGCUACACCUAAAACUAGCAGACGAAGAAAACCCAAGGCCGAACGUGGGGGCUCCACCUCUUCGCCACCUGUCGACGAAACGACGACUGGGAAGCGACGCAAAUCAACUGUGAAUGGAUCCAAGACGGCACGAGAGAACCUCUCAGAGGAACAAAAGCGGGAGAACCACAUCCGGAGCGAGCAGAAGCGAAGGACACUGAUCAAAGAGGGCUUUGACGACCUUUGCGAGCUGGUUCCCGGGCUCCGAGGCGGCGGGUUCAGUAAGAGCACGAUGUUGUCGAUGGCUGCAGAGUGGCUGGAUGAGCUGCUCAAGGGCAACGAAACCUUGGCCGCCCAGCUCGCUUCGUUAGAGGGCCGGUGA